UUUACAUCCAUGCUCAUGUCUGACCUUUUGCGACUUGGCUUGACGUUAUCACUGAUUAUCACUGUUAUCACGUGUGAAACGCGAAGCGAGCUGCUGCUUGGGAUCCUUGCUCGCCUUGUCAUGACGAAUGCGAGCAAGGAUGUCUCUAUCAAAGAAACACGGGAACAAGGCUAACGUCGACUACAAGGCGCGGCUCGAGUACAAGUUAUAUCUGGCCAGGGAAAAUCCGGAGCCAAUAUUCGAUAUCUCGGAGUGCGCCUUGAAACAUGUGCCAUCGGGGAUCUAUUCACUCUGCAAGGUGUUCAGGAAAAAAGUCCUGCUAAUGUACAACAAUAAAUUGAACUCGCUCUCAGGCGGAGGUGCCUUAAGUGACUUGUCGCUGCUGACUGUGUUAGACAUUCAUGGAAACGAAUUUGCUGUUUUACCCUCGGACAUAAUGUGUCUCUCUUCUCUCAAGGAACUCUAUUUACAAGACAACAAUAUGCGCAAACUGCCUAAUGAAAUAGUUCAAUUAAACAAACUAACAAUCUUCAACAUCUCAAAGAACAAUCUGAAACAGCUGCCCGAGGGGAUCGGACAGCUGCAGCAGCUCACUGCCUUGGACAUUAGUCACAACAAGUCGCUGCAAAAGCUGCCCAAGUCCCUCGGCUAUGUCCAGCACUUGACAAAUUUAAAUAUUGACGGACUGAACCUGUCGUAUCCACCACAGGAUAUCUUAACUGGCGGCACGAUUGUGAUCAUCGCUUUCUUGGCAAAUGAGAGCGGCAUUGAUUACUCGCCAGAGGAUUCGAUAUCUGAGACUAGCGACAUCUCCAAAGACAUAAGCUCGGAGGACAUGCAGGCGGUAUAUCAUAAUAAAAGUAACGACGUGCAGGCAAUGUUACAGAAGCUAGACAAAAUCAAGGAACAUCGGCAGAAUGCUUUGUUGGAGGUAGAGAAGAACAUAAAACAGCAGCAGGAAUAUGAGAUAGAGGUGCAAUCUAUGCUCAAGGCUCAUAGAAAAAAACUUUUAGAGGAUUUGGCACUACAGCAAAUACAAUUGGAGCAAGAGCUCGAGAAGAUGCAGCAAGAAAAAGACACUAAUAGGGCGCGUUUACUCUCAUACAUUUACAACGCUGAGAAAGAAGCCGAUAAUGUGAUUAAGGAGUUCCUGAGGAACAGCGAGGAGGAAAGACAAAGUCAGGCUGAAUUACUGGAGCGAGAGAAGCGAGAGGAGAUAAGUCUGUUGAGUUCAUGCCAUUCGGAGCAGUUCAUGCUUCGUACGAAGGAUACUCUUUUUGCGAUGGAAAAGUUACUGGAAGAAGAGAUGCGCAAGGCGAGCAAACUGGAGGAAUACACUAAAUACAGGAACUACACGGCACAAUCGCUGCUCACAUUAGAAGUGAGGAACAAUGACCAUUUGGCACAAAUAAUGCAUGACCAAGAGAAGAACAGGCAAGACCUCAUCGAUAGAUUGCGACAGGACGAGGUCCUGCAGAAAGCAGCGGUUGCAACGUUGCUGGAACGUAGCGACGCGCGUUCUUGGAGCAUCGUUCAGCAAGUGAAUCUAGUGCAAUCGCAAUUGGCAGCACUCACCACCAUCGAGCUGGAAAGGAAAAAACUGGAGAUCAACCAGCAACUUAACGAAAUCGCUGACAAACGCGUGGCCCUGACAGCUAUUUUGGUGGACUUAUUGGAACAGCAAAAAACUAGAAGAGAUCAGCUGUUGGAGACGAUAAACACAAUAGAGCAACAACGAUGUAUUUCUAAUGCUAGACGUGGCAGUUUGUUUUGGCUGAUGCAGUAUCAAUCCUUGAUGGAAGCGCGACCACAAGGGCUGUUGGAAAUGUUGGAACCCAUGUUGGUUCGACACGUCGCAAUAGCGGGGGCAUUGCAUUGCCUUCCGUUCCUGGCUGCGUUGCCAUCCUUGUUACCGGACAUCAGUGAUGAGCAAUUAAAAAACAUGGGUAUAAGUUGCGAGAAGGAUCGAGCCGCUAUAAUGCUAGCAGUGGAGAAUUACUUAGCGGAGAUAAAGCUGAAUGAAUCUACUCGAACACCCAUAACACCUUCCGCGCCACUUGAGGAAGCUUCGACUAGUAGUCAAGAGUGUAAUUUCAUUCAAAGUAUCAAUAUGACGGAAUGUGUAAUUUGUCUCGAUUUACAA